AUGAUGUCAAGGGAAGCAAUCAAGGAUGUCUUCUGGAAUGGAGUGUAUUCACAGCAACCUGCACACUUCAUCGACCAUUCGUCAAAUGAAGAGAGCGAUGACGUACCGUGCACAGCAAGAAGUAAGAAACCGGAUGCAGAAAAAGCCUCAUGUAGUAGCCCAACUGAACAAGAUGACGGGAAUCCUCCUUACUCGACGUCAUCAAAGCAACGAAUAUUUGAACGGGUUGGAAAAGAUAUGUUUUUAAUAGGUGAGACUCCGCCUCUUUUAAAAAAACAACAGUUCGAGAAGAUCAGCAAAUAUUUCGGGUUUGAGACUCCUUUGGAGUUUGCGAAAGAAUUAGUUAAAUGUUCAGAGGAGGAGCUCAAACUGAAAUUGUUAGAUUUCUAUAAAUCAGAAGAACCAUCGAUUGUGCGGAUUUCGUCAUUAAGGAAUGUUUAUUUUGUUGCGAAAGAGAAAAGUCAUUGUGCUAACCCCGGGCAAUCCCAGAAUGCCUUGCGAGGCAGGUCACAAGGAAAACAGGAGGCAGGAGUCAAGACUCGACUAAGAAAUCACGGAAAGCAAAGUUUUUUAUUGAGAGGAAAAAGGAGACAAAAGAAAAUUGAGUUUGAGCCAGACCUUGUGUUUGAAAGAGAUCGUAGGGACGAGGGUGUUGUGUCCGAUGAUGAAAAUGUUGCUGCAAAUUGUCAUAUUGAAGUAGAUGAGCAUGGAUCUUUCAAUAGUUCGUCUGAAAGUGAUAACGUUAUCUCUCAUUUUGAUAAAAGGGUCCCGCGUAAACUGCAAGCUGAUGUGCGCCUCAACAGGUUCAAAAGCCGAAUCUCUUUUGACGAUGCAGGCUGUAAAAGAUCUACAGAAAAUGAUGAAGAAAAUGUACAGUUAUCACUAGAAUUGACUAACUCUGAGGGCAGUAAUGGUAUUCUUGAUGACUUGAUGUUCUCCCCUAUUAACAGGGCUUCGAGGCCGUCUCAGCCUGAUUCUGAGCAUCCAGUGGAUAUCACAAUGUUGGGUAGUUGCAAAGGGCUGGGUGAGGCAUGCAAGAGAAUAAUUACAGAUGCUAAUGAAUCACCGUUGCCUUCGUCGGUCCUUGAUGAACUGAUGCACGGGGUUGUGCAUAGUAGCGAAACAGAGAUCAAUGAAGGAGCUUUAAAGGAGCAUAUUGGAGGUACGCUCAUCAUUUCAGAUAAAGGACGCGUUGUUUGUUCUAACAUUUGUGAAUCACAAGAUUCCCCAUCAGUGUUAGAUGAGUUGAUGGGAUGA